GCCGUAGUUGUCGGUUUAGUAAAUUGCAGUUGGUUCGUAUCUGUGCUACGAAUGUUUUCAUGUGAACGUGACGCUGACCUUCCAGGUUAAGCCGUGAACAUUUUUCAACAUUCCCCAAAACCUGUAAAAACGAUGGUUGAAGAAGAAAAACCUCAACAACUCGACCCUUUGGAGGAUGUUAAAGAACAAGACAUUUCAAAAGCAAAAGAAGAGUUAUCUAAAUUAGAUGUUUUGGUUUGUGGUGAAUGCCACGAAAUUUUCCACUUUGUAGAAGAAUUUUCUGAACAUCGUAAAAGUGAAAAAUGCUCAAAGGAUUCAACUUUAAUUGAAAACAUCCAAAAUGAUAAGCAUAUUCAAAUUUGGGGGUUCAUGUUGUGGAAAAAUUCUAAAUUUAAAACUCUCGAUCCGGAUGAAAAAUCUCCUCCAUCAUCUUGGAAUGUUUAUCAGCUUUGGUGUAAUUUAGAAACACCACAAAAGGAAACUUGGAUCGCUGCUGGUAAAUCUUUGCAAAAUCUACAUGGAAUUUGGUCUAAUAAAAAUAUUGGGAAGCAAAAAAAAAUUAAAAAUUUAAUGAAGGAUGAUGAAGAUGAUUCUGAAAGGACUGAAAAUGAACAUGAUCCUUUGGGUGAUACUGAAUCAGACAUGGAAUUAGAUGAAUCAGUUGGAAAAGGGAAGAUAAAAGAGACCAAAGUUGAAAAUGGGGAACUCCAAAAAGUUUCAAAACCCAUUAUUUUAAAUAAAGACGCUGGUUCUGGCACUCAAAGAGCGCUGAGAACUGAAACUAAUAAGAAGGUAGAAAGAAAUGUUGAGAAAAUAGUUUCAAAGAGAUACAACCCAGGAAAGAAAACUCAUGAAUAUUUUAUUAAAUGGGAAUCAUUGCUUGAGGAUCAAAAUACUUGGGAACCUGUUGCUCAUCUCACAAAAUGCAAAGUUCUAGUGGAUGAAUUCGACCGUAAUCUUGCUGAAUUGAAAGCUGCCAAAUUGCCAAAAGGUUCAAUGGUGCAACGCAGACCUUACCGAAAACAGCUACCUGAAAGAACACCAGAAUUGAUUUUAGAAAGUACUGGACCAGGGAGGCCACAAAGAACUUGUAAACAAAAAGCUUUAAACCAAGUAAAAGCAUGGUGCGGAAACAUAUCUGAUGUUGAUGAAGGCGGCAUAAAACGAGCGUUUAGCGACUCCGAUUCAGAUUCGUUUGAGAAGAAAAUUAAGCUUGAAGAUGAAAGUACCGACUCUGAAGAUGACCAUCGCCCUAUAACCGUACGAAAAGUGUUAAAAUCUUCCAUUAACGGAAUUGGAACAAAAAAACCGCUCCCAAGCAACAUUUUGGUGCCAGAUGCGCAAGGUGUGGUGAGGAUUGAUCAAAAACAACUCCCCGCUUUGAGUUCGGGAGUUUACGUAAUGUCAAAAACGGCAGGAAUCAUCAAAUUGGACUCAAACACAUCGAAAAUUGCAACGAGCGGUGGCCACGCAGUUAUAAAGGUUGCCCCAAAAAUAGGGCAAACGAGUAUUAAGGUUGUUAAAAGAGAUCCAUCAAAUGGGUCAAGACCGACGUUUUUAAAUACGAAAUUUAAACCGGGCGUUAAACCUUUGGGGGCUAAAGUUAUUGCGCACAGAAAACCCGCGACUAUUACGACGGUUGUUAAAAAACCGGAUAAUGUUGCUAAAUUUGAAACGAAAGCAUCCGAAGAUGAAUCUGAUGGUUUGGAAGAAUUACCAUUCCCGACGGAUCUCCCACUUCCAGAACCAGAAAGCCCACCGGGCGAAUUCACUUUAUGUCCAUUGACAGGGAAAAUUGUUGGGAAAGAAUACACGGCGGAUGAAACCCAAAAAAAAUCCGAAGAACAAGAAAAUCCCACCGAAUCUUUGGAUAAUUUGGUUAAUUUAGCGGCAGCGGAUAUAUUAAAUGACCCAACGGAAAAAAUUGAGCAAGAUGAAAAAAUGGUGGAAGAAAAAACUCGUUCUAUAGAAGAAACUUUAAGUGCAAUGCAUGGAGACGAUGACAUCACAGCAUCGGCCACGACGUCAUCGAUUUUAAGUACAGCUAUUUCAAACGCUGAUAUAGAAAAUACUCCAAAUCCAGCGUCUCAAUCGACGCCGAUUACUCAUAAGAAAGAGCAACAUGAAGUUAAGCAGCAAAAAACCGCAAUGAAUCGAAGCAUAAUUAAUCGAACGAUUGUACCGAAACCAGCGCCACAAGCGAUAAUUACAAGAAUCACACCUGGCACUGUAAAUAGAAAAAUUGUACAAAAACAAAAGGUUGUGUCAUCAUCUCCAAGACAAACGUUCGCAAAAACCAGCGUUCGGCAAACUUACUCCAACAAAAGCAUUAUUAGAAAAGUUGGGAAUACUUCGAUUUAUAACAAAAGUUCUUCACCAACUGCAGAACAAUUAGAACAACAACAACGACGACAAAUAGCUGAUAUACAAAUCACCAACGCAAUGGUACAAGUAUCGUCUGGAUCGGUUAUUAAUAUGCCGCUUUUAGCGGAUAUUGAACCUUCAACAUCCACAAUACAGGAUCAAAUCGAACAGCAACCUUCAACAUCACAACAUCAAAUUAUCACAACAGUUCCGGCACAACAAGAAGCGACAACGGCAGAAGUUGCCACUUUGGAAUCGGAAACACCACUUUUAAUAACCGGGGAAGAUGGGACGAUAUAUCAAGUAGCCGGACAAAAUGAAGAGGGCCAAACGAUUUUAAUAGCUCAAGACGCAGAUGGACAACAGCAAUGUUUGCUGGUUACAUCCGAAAGUGCUUCUGAUUUAUUAGAAGCGGAACCGGCACCUAGUACUUCCGCUAUUCAAGAGGUGAUGGAACCUGAACCGAUUGCUGUUGCUGCUGAACCAGAAAGUGAUGGUGCAGAAGAGUCCCAAAUAGUUGCACAAAUUGUUAGUGCACAACCACCAAGUCCAGGUGGAACAAGAAAAGUGGUAUUAAUGUUGCCUGAUGGAAAUUUAAUGAUGACUGAAGUGACAGCGGAGCAGUACAUAGCAUUAGAAUUGGACAAAUAAACCUUAAAAAUAAUUGACUUCUAAGUUGUUCGUUACUCUUUGGCUUGAUUUGGAGGUUUUUACAAUUGGCCUGAUGGUCAAUAUCAUUAUUUUUCUCGUUUAGUUCUUUUGGUUUUUAGUAUGUUAUUUUAUGAAAGAUGUAAAGUAUUUGCAAGUCAGUCUGGACCCACUGUAUUUAUCAAGUUAUAUAAAAUUUACAUUUAGUGUAAGAUAGAUUUACUUGUAAUUUAAAUAUAGCUUUUAAGAUAUUGAUGAAAUAAAUUACAAUUUCUCAACAACGUUUCCUUUUCUACUUUCCUAAACCAUUGUUUGUUUUUAAUUUCUUUUUUGUAUUUGAAACUUUAUUAGCUUUUUUUGAAUGUAUAAAUUUUAAUUAAUAUUUGGAUUAUAAUAAAAGAAGAUGAUACUUUUAUAGUUUUGUUAUUAAUUUUAAUUGUGUUAUCUUAUAUUAACAAAUUAACCGAGUUUUUUUGUUUAAUUAACAAUAAAAAUUAACAUCGCACCAUAUAAAGGUAUAAUUCAGAAAAGAAAAAAAAACACUCAAAGAAAAAA